AUAGCAAAAUUCUUUCAGUUGCUCACUCUCUUAGUGUGUGUGUGUGUGUGUGUCUUGUCUUGGUUUAAUUUUCACUGCCAGGUUAAGGAUUAAUCUUUGUCGCAGUAAGCCGUAGCUAAUGUCAUGGAUUCCAAAUGCUUGGAAAUAGCUGCCCUGGGAAGACCUCUGUAUCCAGGCAUGCUGUAUGAUUGCCGGAGUGACUCCUUUAUUCCAGGUGUUACUUUAUGGGAUAUUAAUGCAGUUAAUGAUGACCUUAAUGUGCAUAAAAAGCCUAAAACACAUCUGAAAUUUGCAGCCUCUGAUAGUCUCAGUGAUAAGGCAACCUUCCUAGACAUAAGCGGUUCCCUUAAAGCCAGUUUCCUAAGUGGAUUGGUGGAGGUUGGAGGAUCGGCCAAGUACCUGCAUGAUAGCAAAUCUUCAGCACGUCAGUCCAGAGUUACUAUGCAGUACAGCCAGGCAACAACAUUUGAAAUGCUCACUAUGAAGGAGCUCGGUAAUAUCACCUACCCACAAGUAUUUGACCAGAAAACAGCCACUCAUGUAGUUACAGCUGUACAAUAUGGAGCUCAGGUUUUCAUGGUGUUUGAUUAUACAAGUGCAGAAAAUGAGAACAAACAGGAAAUUGAAGGAAACCUUCAUGCAGUGGUCAAGAAGAUUUUCAUUGAGGGGCAGGCAUCCCUUAACAUGACUGAAGAUGAAAAAAAAAUGGCAGAGAAUAUUAGCAUCACAUUUUAUGGUGACAUUAAACUUGAAGAAAACCCCACCACAUACAAGGAAGCUCUGGAUGUGUACAAGAAGGUGCCUGCUAUGCUGAAGCAACAAGGUAAAGGUGUACCUCUGACAGUGUGGCUGUAUCCUCUCAGUCUUUUGGAUGAGAAGGCUGCAAAGUUGGUGCGAGAAAUUGAUUUGAGCCUGUUGUGUGAAACAGAACGUUUGUUGGAAAAACUUGGUAAAAAGGAGAGAAUAUGCAAUGAUUUGAUCAAAAGACAAAUAACACAUGAUUUCCAUGAUCUAAAAGAGAGAUUGCUAAAGUUUCAGGUAUUACACAGAAAUUAUACAAGUUUGUUAAAGAAGGCACUAUGCAGAGUGCUGCCAGCAAUUCGUGGUGGGACACAAGAGGACAAGACACUGGGGGACAUCUUGAGCAUCCAUGACACAUCACUCUUCAAUAUAAGCAUCAUGAACAAAUGGUUAGAUGACAUUAAAACUGAAUUAAAUAUACUGAGCUCCUAUACAGUUGGGUUGAAGGACAUCACAGUUGUGAAAUCAUCAGGGUCUCUAAGUUCCAUCUGCGGUCAUCCUGAUGUUGAUGUGGUGGUAUGUUUGUCAUUUACAUCUCUAAAGCAUGAGGACUCCUACCUAGCAGCUCUACAGGACUUUAACAAAUCUGAAGAAUUUAAAAUGUUGGGGAAAACAAGUGAGAGAGUUUCCAUUCUCCAAGCAGCACAGCCUUGGUUCACUUCUCCUGACAUUUCUGCAAGGAUGAGGCAGAAUCUUUCUCUCUUUACCUCAUUUUUAAAGGCCAAUAAAAACGAGAAGAGAAUCAAAUUCAUCAUUGCUUCCAUAUCUGAUCCCAGCAAUCCAGGAUCCUCCAUCCAACUUUAUCAGAAUGGUUCUUUGACAGAUCCUAAGUUCCAGCCUAUAUCCAAACCUCCCAAACCUGAAGUGGAGACCAGUGAUGGGAAAGUUACCCUGAAGCUUUCAAAAUCCCCAACUGGAGAGACUGUACACUUCAGAGUUGAGUACAGGAUGACACCUUCAAAUGAUUCAGCAGCUGAUGUUGAGGAAUGGACAGUCAUAGACACAUCAAAUGCACAGAACACCUUCACAUUGACUGGACUAAAUCCAACAGAACAAUACUGGGUCCGAUACAGAGCUGUUAGUGAUGUGGGAGUGAGUGAAGUCAGCGACACUGUCCCCUUCACCUUUAAAGGGAAGCUCACUGUGACAGAAGACCAAUGGAACUUCUCUAUACCCUUACUCAUUAAUGAACUCAGGACUGAAAUAACGCCUACUAUCGGAAGGUCACGAUGGUCUCCAUCUACUAUCAAGUCAGAGGUUACAAAUAUUGUCAACAAUUCUACCAUUCCUUACACCGGGGCAAUCUCUGGAGGACUGAGAGAAGGAAUGGCUUUGUACCUUCAAGGGGUUUCGAAAACUAGUUUAUGGGGUUCAAAUUUAUUAACUGACUACAAUGGUGAUGGCAUCUGUUUUAAAUUCAAUGUUUCGUUGUUUGGUUUAUUAAUUAGACCUGCAUGCCUUAGACUGACCAAUGGAUCAGUCUUUGACAUCUUUUUUGUGAGAAACACAGAAGGUUGUGAGAUGUAUGUAAAUGGGCAGAAGUCUUUGAAGCCCGUACCUCACAUACCAGUGGAGAAUAUAUCUACACUUCACAUUUCUGGAGAUGUCAUAAUGAACACUGUUGGUAUUGUUGCAAACUGGAGCGAAUCUACUUUUGGUAAGGAACUCAAGACUGGCAUCUCACGCACAAAGAGAUCUGACAUCCAGUGUGAUGUGCCACAUCCAUUCUGUAACCCAUACAAUCCAUAUUUGGGAUCAAUCCCUGGAGGCUUGAGACAUGGUGUGGCUUUGUUCUUCCAAGGGGUUGUUCCAGUAGAUUCUGAAUGCUUUGAAAUAAACUUGCAGACCGGGCUGAAGAACCCUCAUGACAUUGCUCUCCAGCUCAAAAGAAGCAAGGACUCUGUGGUCCUUAACAGCUGCAUGAAUGGGACAUGGGAAAAUGAAGAGAAGGCCCCAGAAGGCCCAUUUGUUGGAGGAGCAGCUUUUGAUAUCAUCAUCUUUAUUAAACCAAAACGCUAUGAGGUGAUGGUGAAUGGCCUGGAAUACUGCAAGUUCAAGCAUCGUAUACCGGUGGACAAAGUGACUACACUUAACAUUAGGGGAGACGUCUUCAUGAACACCUUCGGCAUUAUUGAAGUGGAUGAUAUUAAUCUGAAAGUCACCGUCACCAAUCCUGCCAAUAUCUGAGGAUUUGCAUCUUCCCCAAAACCACUGACUGAUGAUUUUUUUAUAUUCUGCUCAGGUAUAUCACAGUUACAACAGAUCAUGGACAUGUCCAUUUGUCCUUUUAUUAUUAUUUUUUUUUUUCCUAUUGAGCAUUCUUAUGACAAAAUCAUAUUGUUAGUAUUGAUAUUAGUAUUGAUAUUCUUUACUACAGUUCUAUUGUACCAUAAUUACAGUAAAUGAUAUAUAUAUGAUAUAUUUGCAUUGUAUUUCUAUAUUAACACAUUUUGAUGCAUAAAUUAGAGCAGUGUAGAUUUCUGUUUUAAAUGAUGAGCUGUGUACUCUGUUAAAAUAUCUAUUCUUUUCAGAUAAACCCAUUAAUCAGUAAAAGGUUUUAGAUAAAAAAAAUAAAAACAUUGUGGAAAAUGAACAUAUGGCACUGAAUGUAAUGCCAAAAAUGUUUCAGCACAUCUCUUUAUGCUAACACCAAAUACAAGGUUGAAGUGGACACUGUUUCCUAUUUACAGUGAGUUCCUCAUUAAAUACCGAUGCAAAUACCCUAUUUCACCAGUAGAGAGCGCUCAUUGCUCAUUUCUAAAAACAUGUUCCAUGUGCAGUAUUGUACAGCAGCAUUGAAUCGACUAAUUUUACCUCUUACCCAAUAGUAAUAUGGUGUGUUUUGUUUUUUGUUGUUAUUACGAAUUGUAAGACUAUUUACUUUCUGAUUAAAUUAUGUUAACAAUAUACUAAUUAUGCACAUUGAAUAAAUAGUAAUAUAAUUAA